CUCGCUGUAAAGACCCACAAUUAAACGCGGUCAACCGAAAUCCCGGAAACCCGAAAAAUUAAAGCGAAAUACCCAAACUAAUAUAUAAAAUUCCGAAGCCCGGCAAGGAAAAUCGGAAAACCAUGUCCGCAAGAAAUACGGUUCAAUUUCAUGUGUGAAUUUAAAUAAAUGUCUGAUACAGUGCAAAGUAUUGUAAUACACAAGGUAGAAAAGUAAAUAAAACAUGUAAACAGUGCUUUGAGAAAUAACCAAUUGCCAAUCGCUACAAAUAUGGAAUACAGUGAAAUCUUAUGAGAAAAUUCAAUUAUGAUUGCGCCGAGAAGCAAAAAAUUACAAAAAGUGUUUAACAAGUCUUAGAGCAGACGAAGAAGAAAUUGAAUACAGCAAAAAAAGAAGAUAAAAAAACAAGCAGACGUGUUUAUUGGAAUAAAAUUAAAGUGCGAAUGAGAAUCUUGAAUCUGUGCUGCUUUUAAAGUGGAAGUGAAUACAAAACAAAUAAAAUGUCUGUGAAAAUAACUUGAGAAGUUAGUUCGAGGGAGAACCUAAGAAAAACCAACAACAGAAGAAAAGUCUUUAAAACUUUAAGACACGGAUAUUAUUCUCACUCUCGUCCCAGCUUCUUCUAUCCCAUUGGAUUACAUGGAUUAAUUUGUAGCAGUUUCAUUUGAUUCCAGAGCUGACAAAAAAAUCUAAGUGGUGCUUGCGGAGAACGUCCACAACGGAAUUCAUUGAUGUGAAAUUCUAGGAGCAACAGAUUAAGAAGAAGAAGGAGAGAAACCAAUCAAAUAAAAAUUUCAUAAGCAUCAAAGUCAAUAACCGCCAAAUUUAAUAGCACAUCCAUGGGCAUCCCAAAUGUCAAGCAAAAUCAUUGUCAUCAUCAUAGUCUUCUAUAAUCGCUUAAUUAAAUUAUAAAUAAAAGUUUAAGAAUAUAAUAGAUAAAUCAAACAUAAAAAUCUUAAAACAUCAACAACAGCAACCACGAUAUAAAAGAGUAACAAAUGUGAAAAUUCAUUGUGAAGAUUCGUAUGAAAUAGCUUAACGGAAUUUUUGUGUGUUCACAAGUAUAUCAGUUUUGUGCUCGAGUGUAAUUCUAACAAAAAUAAUAAUCACCCUGUUAACAAAAAAAGUUAUAUCACCCAGUACAAAUUGUUUGUCAUUUAAGCAUUUCGGUUUACCUCAAAAUUUAUAAAUAAGUCAAAAUUUGCUUAAAUUCCUUGAGAUACCCAAGGAAAUUUUUGUUAAUUUUGUUGGUUCCCAAUAAGCCGUACCUUUUCGGUUUCACAACUGCUAUUGAAAGCAAUUAUUGUUAUUCUCUCGUGUAAAACGGUUAUGUUCGCAAAACAUCUGAACGCGCUGGUUCGCGUCUUUCAACGGUGAUAAUAAUGAAUUUAUAUCAACACAGUGGUCCCGGUCCACCAUUGUCAUCGUCGUCGUCGUCCAACGCCAUGAAAACCUUACAACAAGUGUCAAAUCCUCCCAAUUCAAAUGCCAACAGCAACAGCAGCGGCAACGUCAGCGGCAGUUGCAAUAAACCACCCACAAAACUAAUUGCAAAUGACAAUAAAUUGUCUUCAUACGAUCAAGUUGAUUGUGCCAAAACUACAAAAACAACGAGUUUCAAUAAAUCCAACAAUACUUCCAAUACAACAAUACAACCAGCCUCGUCCUCCGCUUCAUCUUCCAGCCCAGCUAUGUGUGCUUAUGUUACUUCAAAUAUGACCAGCUCUACAACUUCGGCAACUCCAAACGGUGCUAGUGGUGGCCCAAUGAUGCCGCCUUCCAAUCCCACAUCAGUAAAUGGUGAUAGUUCCACCAACACCACCAUCACCACUACAGCGAGCAACCAUCAUAAUGGCAGUGCCAUUUCCAAUGGUUGUUUAUCGGCCACAAUGCUUAGUGUAGGCCCUCCACCGCCAGUGUCGCGUACCAUAUCUUCAGAUCGUCUUGUUACCGGACCCUCUUGCAAGGCUUUGCGUACCGCCGUCUCAGCUUUGUAUUCAGUGGAUGAUUUUGUUAAGGAGAAAAUCGGUUCGGGAUUCUUUUCGGAAGUUUAUAAGGUCACACAUCGUACAACGGGGCAAGUUAUGGUCUUGAAAAUGAAUCAAUUACGAGCGAAUCGACCAAAUAUGCUGAGAGAAGUACAACUUCUCAACAAAUUGUCACAUCCAAAUGUAUUAAGUUUUAUGGGUGUAUGUGUGCAAGAAGGCCAAUUGCAUGCGCUGACCGAAUACAUAAAUGGUGGUUCACUGGAACAGUUGUUGGCCAAAAAGGAAGUUGAGCUGACAGCUGCGGCAAAAAUAAGACUGGCAUUAGGCGUAGCAAGAGGUAUGGCCUAUGUUCAUGAUGCAGGCAUAUUCCAUCGAGACCUAACAAGCAAAAACGUUUUAAUACGAAAUCUGCCUGGUGGGAAAUUUGAGUCUGUCGUUGGAGAUUUUGGUUUAGCUACAAAAAUCCCAGAUAAAAAGGUCAAAACACGUUUGGACUAUGUUGGCUCACCGUAUUGGGUCAGUCCUGAGUGUUUGAAGAAUCAAUUUUACGAUGAGCGCAGCGAUGUCUUCUCCUUUGGUAUUAUAUGUUGCGAGAUCAUUGCUCGCAUCGAAGCAGAUCCCGAUAUUAUGCCACGUAGUGAUUCCUUUGGCCUAGAUUAUCUGGCGUUUGUUGAUUUGUGUCCUAUGGAUACACCACCUGUAUUUUUAAGACUGGCUUUUUAUUGUUGUAUAUAUGAUCCCAAAAGUAGGCCCACGUUUCAUGAUGCAUCCAAGAAACUUACCUUACUUUUGGAAAAAUAUGAGCAUGAUCCAAACGGUGCAAAUGGUAAUAAUGUAGCAUCCUCCUGCUCCUCCUCCUCGGCCAUUAGUGGUAGUUCAAGUCCUAUGAGUUCAUUAGAGAUGUCCUCAUGUUCUCCCAAUGGCAGUGAUGCGGAAAACAUGUGCCAAGCGAGUUACCAUAAAAAUGGCUGCACUCGCCACCUGACCACAAAAAAGUCAUUGGCCAUUCCCUGUAUUACUACGGCGCCAACAGGCCAAUUGACGCCGCGUCAUUUGAGAGAAGUCAGCGAGAAUGGUUUCCUGUUUCCGGAUCAGGUGAAUCGAAGUAAUUCCAUAGCCAAUGGUUCUCCCUCCUCACAGGUGGAUGUGGAUGAGAGUCGCAUUAUCACGAAUCGCGUCAAAAGAGCCACCAAAAAAUACGAAGCUGCAGCGGAACUUCUGAUGCAGCAACAACAUCGACGUUCUCUGAGUGAGAACAUCAUCCAUUUUCCGUUGCACACCACACCCAGUGACAAGGCCAGGUGUCAUCAAAUGAAUCGCCAGCGAUCCUCUACCCAUUCCCCUACCCCACCGCCAUUUGGAGGUUCUUCAGCAAGUGCCACCGCAAAUGGGGCGGCACAAAACCAAAUUGCUCGUGAAUCGCCGCCCCCAGUGCUUACGCUAAGGAAGGUGGCGGAAACGAUGUGCCUCAAAGAUGCCCUGUACAAACCCAUACGGGCUGACCACAACGGAGUGAAAUCUAAUCCCUUUACCGCUUUGGCUCAGCUGAGACGAGUGAAAAAGAUCCUUGGCGCUAAUCCCAAAACCUAUGCCGCUGGAGUGGGCGACUUGUUUAGUUCUUGCUUUGAAAUGUGUGCCCCCUUCUUUAAGGAAAUGGCUGCGCUACAGCAAAAGCCCAUCAAUGGUGCGGCAGCCGAAGAGGGUGGCAAAGCAGUAGGUGCGGCGUCGAUGGCAGCUACUUCCCCCAAUGAACCAAAGAGUCUACCGACUUCACCUCAAUUGUCGCGAAAAUACAGUGCAAUUGAAUUGAAACUAUCGCCUACCUUGCCACUACCCCGUUGCUGUGCCGCAGAGGUGGAUGACGAUGAUUGUGUUGAAGACUCGGAUGCAGAACAAGAUGCUGAUGGGGGUGGGAACUGUGCCGAUGCCGAGUCCAGUAGCGAUGAUUCAGCCGAACGGCCUGCCCCAAAUCCAGUGGCAAGAAAGUAUAGGGCCAACUCAUUGUUUACACACCCCCUGUUUCGGGGCAAUGGAAGCAGUAGUAGCGCCAAGACACCAAACGACGAACCAUGUUCAACAAUGGCCAUGGCCACCCAAAGUGCUGGGACAUCACCGGUAGCUGCAGAUGAUUGCAACUCCUCCGAGGAUGGUUGCGAUGGAGCACUGAAAACAUCCAAGGACCUACCGAUAUCGGCUUCUACACCUUCGCCCCCCACGCCGCCAGUAACACAGUCAGCGCCCAUGGUGGCUACUCCCGCCUCAUUGUCUUCAUGUCCGGAUUUCGAUAUGAACGAUAUAAAACCCAGUGAUUUUCUGCCCACAAAAAGUUCAUUAACACGUCGCGACUCCAUAGAGAGUGGUUUCUAUUCGUGUUUUAAUGAGGAGUCAGAUGCUGCUACCACAUUUCGUCAAUUCAAUGGUGCUGGUGUAUCGUCGCUGGGCUUGGGUGGCUGUGGUGGCGGUAGUAAUUGUUGUUUUGAACAGCUAAAGUCACAACUAAUGCUGGAUGUUGGUGCCAAUGGAGAAUUGAGUGAUAAAUUGGCCAGUUUAUGUCGCUGUUGCUAUUACGGUUCAACCUCGACAAAUGGCGGACAUCAUCACCAGCUACUUAACGAUUCUUCUUCUACAUCCUCAUCGGUGCUAUUGAUCGACGAACCUACCAGUAGCGGCAUAAAUACCUCGUCAAGCGCAGCCGCUCUACGCUCGUUCGAUGAUCUGGAAUUGCCCGAUGCAGCGCGAAAUCAUAGACGUUACACCUGUCACCAUCAUCUUUUGAGUGCUGGCAAUCAAAAUGAUCCAAAUUUGGCCGCCACUACAGGCCUUAUCAAUCGCCUGGCCUUGGACUCCGAAUUACAUGCGCUGAUGCAAUGUAGUCCGUUUGCCACCAAUCAGUUGUUGUAUUGCAAAAAUCGUACCUCCUCCAUAUACACCGAUAGUUCGGAUGACAUCAGCAGCUUGGCCGGAUCCGAUUCUCUGCUGUGGGAUGAACGCUCAUUCGCCUAUCCACCCAGUACACGUUCAGCACAAAUUGCCAAAAUUGUCGAGUAUUUCGAACGUAAGCGUCAAGUACCUGAUAGUAUACCGCCGCCCAGAGGGGCCGCUGGAAGUGCUGGUGGCGGACAUUCUUCGGCAACGGGCAGUGGCUCAACGUCAUCCUCUUCCUCUAUGGCCGCAGCAGUGGCUGCCUCAGCCUUGGGCUCUUCCUAUCUAUCCUAUGAGUCGCGACGUUAUUCGGACUUUAAGAGACAUGCAGCUAUUAACUCUGACUAUGAAGCUUUCUGCUUCGAUUUGGAUAAGAAGCCAUCGCAGGCCCGUCUUAUGGUAUGCGAAGGAGCGGUUAAAUCGAAAUUGCAGAUAUUCGACAAGCUCAAGCAUCAGCCAACAUGUACGGCUACAAGUUCAAUACAUGCCGCGAAUUGUAGCAAUGCCAUGAUGGCAUCGGCAACGAUGCCAUCCACAGCGGCCACAACAACAACGACUUCGUCCGCAGUGACGGCUUCCACAGGUUCACCGGUGACCCCAACUCAAAGUCCUACUAGUACAACAGCAACGACAGCAAUAUGUUCACAAACAAACAGUGGGGGUUAAAGUCCCCGGCUCGCACUCCCCUUCACAGUUACCCAGUUGUUAACUUGUUCUGUUCCUAUAUCCCCCUCUAUAUAUCCCCCCCCACUUAUUAUGCCACAGAGACGACUGAAUUGUUGGGCAAUAAGCUUUAUUCCUUGGCGGCCCGCCCUCUGAUGUUUUUCUUUAUCCGGUUUUUUUUUUAAUAAAAAUUUGGUAAUGUACACAAAUGAAUAACUUCGAUAUACUUUCCUUAAUUUGUUUUAUCAAGAAGAAUUAAAAAAAAUAUACAUUGAAUUAAUGUUAA